AUUUAGUAUUCGCUGGAUUGGGUAAAAUGCCGUUUCACGAAAGGACAGUGGAACCCCGGCUUGUGUGCAGGUUGAACGAUGGAGGUUGCAAAGCCGGGGCGCCCGAUGACCACGAAGACGUUAGCCUGGUCGAUGGGGAUGGAUACAAAGUCCGAAAGAACAUCUUGUUUACUUCUCUGGAAGAAGUUUGUUGUCACUCACUCACCAACAUUCUCCGUCAACUUUCCGAUCUUUCGCGGCAUGCGAGCAACAUAUUUCUGGAGAUAGAAGCAGAAGCCGGAUUGUUAUCGCAGAGAUCCUGCAGAAUUCAACUUCGCCUGGAAACUUUACAGAGUACUGUCCGCAGUUUUGACCACAAGAAAAUCAAAAUCCCCGUGUCUAACCUGGACGAGGAGAGCAAGUGGACGGUGCACUACACGGCCCCCUGGCACCAGCAGGAGAACGUCUUCCUGCCGGGCAGCCGUCCCGCCUGCGUGGAGGACCUGCACCGCCAGGCCAAGGUCAACCUGAAGACCGCUCUCCGAGAAUGUGACAAGCUGAGGAAGGAUGGCUUCCGCAGCUCUCAGUACUACUCCCAGGGCCCCACCUUCUCCAGCUCCACGCUGUCCGAUGGCAGCCUGCAUGAGGACGAGGAUGCGGACAAGAAGUCCACAGCGUCAUCGGCGGAGGAGGAGAAGCUGGUGUGCCCCAUGAGGCCCCGCUCCCCCCUGCUGGGGGAAGGGCGCGACAGCGACUUGCAGGCCUCCUGGAGCAAGCCCCUGCCCACCCCGGAGGAGAGGAUGAGGCAGCAGGCGCAGGCCGUGCCCACCGACAUCAUCCCCAUCAAUGUCACAGGGGAGAAUUUUGACCGGCAGGCCAGCAUUCGCCGCUCCUUAGUUAACACUGAUACUGUGGUCAGGAGAUCCAAGAAGGUCAAAAGGAGAAAGACAAUAACAGGGGUCCCCGACAACAUCCAGAAGGAACUAGCGGCGAAAGGACACAGCGAGUUCCGCGCCCAGUCCAUGUACAUCCCCGGCCAGUUCUCCACGCUGGGCCGCGUCGGGAGCGUCAACUCGACGCUCCGCCGCUCGGACACGCGGGACUCCAGCUGCCAGACGGAGGAGGUGAAGAUUGUGCCCCCGUCCAUGCGGAGGAUCCGAGCGCAGAGGGGCCAGGGCAUCGCCGCCCAGAUGGCCAACUUCUCCACCUCGUCCUCGGGGAGCAUCUCGGCCGCCAGUGACAGCGCCGGGGUGGUCUUUGCACCGCAGCUCAACGGUGGCGGCCAGCGCUUCCACAGCUUGCCCCGCCAAGGGGCGCGCGUCUCCCUGAACGCUGACCCCAACUACGCCAGCACCCCCUACAGGAUGGAGGACUGCACUGCGGGCACGCAGCCCCGCCAGAUCAGCAAGCUGCAAGCAGACGAGACGGUGGUGCAUCUGAGGAACGCCCCCAGGACCGGCACUCUGCCACGGCCCAAGUCCCAGGAGGUGAGGGGCACGCAGGGCGACGUGUCCGCGGCAGGUGGCCCGGCCCGCGUGGUGUCCCCCCACGCCACCUACUCCACCACGCUCAUCCCCAACGCCACGCUGUCCUCCUCGGCGGAGGUCAUCUCCAUCCACACGGCGCACAGCUCCGGGUCGGCCGCCGCGCACACGCAGCCCUCAUCCUCCCGCCCGGCUGAGCGGCCCCUCAGCACCGCCCAGACCGCCCCGUCCCGCUGCGACUCGGCCGUGUCCCUCAGCACCGGCACCUACGCCGAGUCCGGCUCCCAGUGCAGCACGCUGGACGGCAGGAAGGGCGCCGACGCCCCCAGCGAGUCCAGCUACUCGGAUGGAAGCUUCCAGAACAACGCCGCCGCCGACCAGUGGGUCUACGACACCCCUGAGAACAUCCUGCCCAAGAAGCCACUCACCUCCAGCUGCUCCACGCCCAUCAACCAUGUCUACAGCAGCCUGGAGCGGUCCUCCAACCGCACGGACUCCAGCUCGCUGUACUCCAUGGACAACGACGGCUACUACACCUCCAUGCACCUGGACUCCGGGCUGAAGUCGCGCAGCCACGGCAACAUCCCCGGGGUGGGCCACGCCCGGCACAGCAUGUACGAGUGCCGGCAGCACCACAGCCAGGAGGACCGCACCAGCCUCUACAGCGACAAGUCCCUGUCCCGCAGCAUCUCCCUCCGCAAGGCCAAGAAGCCCCCGCUGCCCCCCACCCGGACCGACUCCCUCCGGCGCAAGCCGGGGAAGACGGCCAGUGCCAAAGGGACCGUCCUGAACGAGACGCUGAUUGCCACCCUGCAGCAGUCUCUGCAGAUGGGCCUGAAGGACAAGGGAGCCUCCUCCCCCUCCCAGAGCCCUUCCAGCGACUACGAGGACCCCUGGGUGCUCCGGCCGCGGAGCCAGAGCAGCGUCAGCGCUGGCAGCAGCGGGGUGUCGGCAUCGGGGGCCAACGUCUACUCCAUCUGCCCCAUCACACCCUCGCAAAGCGACACCAGCAGCUUGCGCUCUGACUACGCAGAGUCUUGGGGCUACUACGUGGACUAUUCCCGUCCGGCCGAGCAGCCGAUGUCCCCCGUCACCCGCUCUGCCAGUGCUGGUGGCGUCCCCAGAGGUCUCACCAACGGAAGGGACUUUCUGGAUGGCUCACAAGCGGCACUGCCCCCAGCCCAGGAUGGCAGUGAAGUCGUCAAGCCCAAGACGGCCUCCUCCCCAGACAGGGUGCACAGGCUGACGUCUCCUUCCAGCGGUUACUCCAGCCAGUCCAACACCCCCACCGCCGGCACCCCUGUGCCCUCCUUCAUGAGGUCCAUGUCUCCAGCAGGGGCGAGGUCCAAACCCAAAGUGCCCGAGAGGAAGUCGUCCUUGCUGUCCUCGUUGUCCGUGUCCUCUUCCUCCACAUCCCUGUCCUCCAACACCUCCGACUCAGCCCGGACUCCCGUCCCGCCCCCUCCCCCGCCGCUACCGGGUGUCCUCACCCCCCCACCAUUACCUCCCGCCUCUGCUCCCCACACCUCCACAGCACCGCCCAGCACUCCGCCUCCUCCCCCGCCUCUCCCUGCGUUAAGCCCAGUCUCCACAGCAGGGCAGGUCGUCCUCCCCCCACCAGCCCUGCCCCUACCCACAACCCCCCAGGCCACUAAAAGCCCGCCCCCUUACAUGUCCUCUCCUGAAUUCCCUCCCCCUCCUCCGGAGGUAUUAGUGGACUCUGGCCUGCCAGUCAACGGGACAGUCAGCCCGCCCCCACCUCCUCCUCCUCCACCACCUCCUCUGCCUUCCACUGCUACCACCAUACCCCCACCCCCACCGCUACCGGCUUUAGCUCCGCCUGCCACACCCUCCAAUCUGAAGGGCAUGAAAGAAGCUCUCAGGCCUGUGAACCCGCCUAACACGGACCACACGCAUGAUGGGGAGAAGAGACCGACCCUUGGAGAAUCAGGCAGGUCCCCAAUGCCCCUGAUCACCGCCCAAGCCCUGCAGAUGGUACAGCUUCGCUCUGUCAAGAAGCCAGAGAUACUUCCAGAUUCUGAAGCAACCACAGCAAACACUCAGGAAUUUGGGGGUGUCCAGGAGUCUCUGAAGCCCCCAACGCCACAGAAGCCUAAAAAGCCAGAGCCCCCUACGUUGCUGCUGCUGACUUCCUGCUCUACUCCUGCCCUGAAUGGAACGCAGAAGCCACCAACGCCAGUCAAGAAGUUCCUGCAGGACCUCUCCAAGGAAGCCAGUCCUCCAGACUUCGCGGUCAGUGAAGCAGCCAGCAAUGAGCCACCCAGAGAUGCCGCACCUUUAGAAGAGUCACACCUGCACUCAGGGUCCUCUGGGGUGCCCUCACCUGCUGUCCUGGUUGACCCAGAGCAGUCACCCCCUGCGAGCCCAAUGGAGACAACGCAAAGCCCAACACCCAAGCAGAAGCCUCCUGUCCUUCCCAAGAAGCCCAAACUCUCCCUGAUCGUGCCCCCAAUCUUGACACCGCCUGACCUCCCUGAAAAGGAGGAACAGGUCCAUGUUCCGGGCGCAGAUGCGACCGUGGCUCUGAGCCCGCAGAAUGGGAUGCCAGCCCCUGAGGCUGUAGGAGGUCAGGAGGGACCCCCACUGGAGCGGGCGGAGGGUGAGGAGGAGAGGGACUCUGGCACCUCCACGCCUCUGACCCAGAGCCAGGAGUCUCUCAGCAGCGAGCUCUCUGGGGACAGCCUGCAGGCCGCCCUAGUCAGCACCCCCGUCGCCCAGGAGCUCACCCUCACCGACGACAAGAGCACCUCCGAUGGAGACGCAGAUGCAGAUGGAGAUGCAGACGGAGAUGCAGCCAGCAGCACCACGGGCUCUAUCAGCUCCAAGGACGAGGACAAUGGUGAGGUGUUCGACUCCAGCACGGCAAACUCCUCGCCAGCGGCCAGCACCAACGGAGACGCGCUGGAGGACACAGUGACGCCCACGCGCCCCCGCACCACCGAGGACCUCUUCGCCGCCAUUCACAGGUCCAAAAGGAAGGUGCUGGGCCGGAGAGAUUCUGAGGAGGAGCGCUCGCGAGGCCACUCCCCGUCGCCCCCCGUCACCCCCACGGGCGUCUCCCCGGGCCUGCCCCGCCAGGCAGGCUCCAUCCAGCGCAGCCUGCGUAAGUCGGCCACCAGCAGCGACAGCUUCAAGGCCCUCCUCCUGAAGAAGGGCAGCCGCUCGGAGACCAGCUUCCGCAUGUCGGCCGCAGAGAUGCUGCGCAGCACCGACCCGCGCUUCCAGCGGACGCGCUCCGAGUCCUCGCUGGACCCGCCCUCGCCCGACAGCCCCUGCGGCUCGCCGGGCCGCGGGAAGAGGGCGCAGGAGGAGUGGGCGCGCAGCGAGGGCCUGCUGCCCCGCCUCUCGCCCUCCUCCUCCUCCUCCCUGUCCGGCCCCAAGUACGGCCGCUCCCGCACGCCGCCCUCGGCCGCCAGCAGCAAGUACAACGCCCGCAGCCGCAUCCUCAGUAGCCCCAUGACCGUCAUCUGCGAGCGGGAGGGCGAGCUGAGCGAGGCGGGUGACGGCGGCGAGGAGACCCCGCCCCUCCCCGUGACGCAGGACUCCAACGGCACUUUAUGCGAGGACAGCAGUUAAGGCGAGAGGGAGGGCAGCCCCUGAAACCGGGGCGCUGGAACUCGCUCAAGGCCGGGAGGGAGGGGGCCGGCUCUCACCGGAGCACCCCCACCCCUGCCACCCCCGACACGCCAGGUCCCGCCACGUUGGGUUCUGGACCUAGUUCUGCAUCAGGACCUGCCGGGCCCCGAGCGGCCCAGGCGGUUUCUGCGGUGCUCAGUCUGAAGUGGAUACCGAUUUUACUGCAGCUUUCUUUAGUUUGUUUUUUUUCUUCCCUUCUUUUUGUAUGAGAACCUGUCCCACAAGCAAUAGCGGACUUCCCAAGGCAGUGUAGCCUGACGUUUUCCUGUGCUGUUUUCUUUGUUUGUUUGCUUGUGUUUUUUAUACCUGUUUGGAGGUCCAGCUUGUAGAGUAACGGUAGAGUUCUUUUAGCUUUUCAGAAGGUUGUGUUGAGAACUGAAUUAAGGGAAAGCUACGUGAGAAGAAGGAAUUAUUAAGUGACAAGUUGUUCUCUUUUUUUUUGCUGCAGUGGUGCUACUAUUUGACAACUGAACUGGGUGGUGUUCUAACCAAGAGCAUUGUUGAGCCUGGGGAAAGUGAAGGUUUCUACUAACAGUCUGGUGUUGCUCCUUCUGAAGUUUGCAUUCCUUUUUUUAAAAAAAUAAGGGCUGCGUCUCAAAACAUGUUGCGAGGCGAGUAAAGCAACCCUCUAUUUCUGUCUCUCUCACCUUUGGGUCAGAGAGAGGAACCAACAGCACAUGUUUCUAUGAUUUUUUUUUCACACUGCUCUAGUACCCAACACUGAGUUUUCUUUUAGAGCAGGGGGGUUGGUUCACAGAGCUGGGAUUUCAAUAACUGAGCGACACUGCAAAGGGCUCGAGACGGUACUGUAAAAGCCAGGUAGCGGAAACAAGCAAGUGGAAAAGAUGGCACUGCCGAGGUGGAUUUCAGUGUAGGUUUUGGAAACCUUUAU